CCCAUCACUUCCUCAGUGAUACUCAUGUCAAACACAUAACACAUAAUGUCUUACGUAUUGUCAAAAUCGUUGCUUUUCUUACUUCUCAUUCACUUUUGUUUCCUUCAAAUUGAUUGCAAAUUCAAAAGAGUUUGUUAUCUGAGAGCGGAUCCCAUUCAGAGAAUAGACGUCCAGAGCAUCAAUGGCUCGCUUUGUACUCAUCUUAUACUAGGCUUUGCUGUUGUUAUCAACGGAACCAUAGCUCCACACGAAGCCAACGAUGUCUUGUAUUAUGAAAAUGUAACACAACUUAAGAAGAAUUUCACGGAUUUAAAGGUCAUGCUAUCGGUUGGGGGCGGAGGUAUGGAUGGAUCCGGUCUUCACGAGGUCUGUUCCAACCAAACAAAUAUUGAUCGAUUUGUUUCAUCGGUUUUGGAUCUACUCUUGAAAUAUAAUUUGGACGGUUUGGAC